AUGAGACACUCGAGGAUACGAAGCUACGCGCCCGCUUAUCUGUCUCCAAGCCCGUCGCCCCGGGACCUGUCGCCAGAACCAGCACCAGACGACGACCGCGGCGGUGGGCCCACCAUGUCUACGUCCCGGCCAGUCAGUCUGGCGCCCUCAACGGGCAUCCGCCUGCCCACCCUGGAAGAGAUCCUUGCUGACUCUGCACCCUAUCCAUACACCCUCGGAGCCUUCAUGGCCUACUUGUCUCAGAACCACUGCCUCGAGACGCUCGAGUUCACCAUGGAAGCCGACCGCUACAAGCUGGCCCACUCGCAGUCCCAGCACACCUUCAUGGACAGUGGCGAACAUGUCUGUGAGUUGUGGCAGAAGCUCAUCCAGGUGUACAUCCAGCCUUAUGGCUCACGGGAGGUCAACCUGCCGUCGCAUGUCCGGGACCGCUUGUUGAGCCUUUCGUGUGGACCCGCUCCGCCGGACCCGGCAGAACUGGAAGAGGCAGUCAGGAUUGUCUACGAGCUGAUGAGCGACUCGGUCCUGGUCCCUUUCCUGGAGUCUCUCUCGAACCCCGUGGGAGACAUCCACCUCGACGAGAAAUUUACGGAGUCGAGGUCAAGACACGGCAGGUCACGUACACGAACAAGGUCUUCCAAGGACACACUGUCACCCAGCGACGACCCCAGCCGGUCCCCAAAGACGUCGUUCCUGCCUCACCUGAGUAUAAGCCGCAAGAGUGACCUGAACAGCCGCUAUGUGUCAUCGUCGAGCGAGCCCGCAGAGGACCUGACGGACGACAGCGGGACCAACUCACCUCCCGCCUGCGACCCCAUGACUCCGCCGACGACGCCGCCCACAACAGACUGGGCCUUCAGUGGUACUUCUCCCGGGACCCUUCACAAGGCCAUCAAUGCGCACAGCAACGGCUGGAAGAAGGUGGGCGCGAAGCUGGGCUUGGGGAGGAAGGGCCGGUCCGGCCACCGCGGGACGUCGAGCACGAGCGCCGCGAGACCGAACAUUGCGGCCGAUCAAAGCUUAUGA